AUGCGUUACGAACACUGGGACGUCCUCCUCUUUCCAGAGGGCUCCAAAGUCCCCAUCCAAGAGUUCAAGACUCAAUGUUUUGUUACCAAGGAUACCGAUUCACCCUACCUGCAGGACAAGAACAUUCUUCCACCUUCCAUGUACUAUGGUCCUCAGGGUAAUUUUGGCCAGAUUCCCGUCCUUACUACUUUUAUACCCAGCCUUCCCAAGGACAGUCCAUUCCGCGUCUCCAUUCACAGUUGGGACACGCCUCGCCCCAGUCGGUUGAUUGAGGGACUCAUGCAGCCUGAUGAUAUGUUUAUCUAUGAGGCCAGGAUCUUCAUUGAUGGAGAAUUUUCUGCUGGUGGUAUCUUUGGACAGAGAACGCAAUGGCCUUUCGUCAUUGAUCUCGGCUCUGAUAUCGAUCGUAAUGGAAAUCGCGCCAAUCUUCGUUUCCCAGAUUGGCACCCUGAAAUCUUGGAGCAUCCAGACUGGGAUGCCAGCGAUACACACGGCCGCAUCAAGGUUGUCAUCGCCGAGGGUUUUUCUCGCCCACACCGUUCCCCUCCUUUCGAACGUAUCAAGGAUGUGAUUGUCUUGGCCUUCCAGCAUGCGCCUAAGGACAUCUUGGAAUACUCCAACAUCGCAUGGCCCAAUCCGUGUAUGUGGACUCGGGUAGCAUCCCAAACUCGAGGCAAUUACAACUCCGCUACAGCAUACGGCGAUACGAGAGAGCGAGCAGAUGAGAUUCAUGGACACUCGCCAAGCAAGCCACAGCCUGGCAAUAUGGCAAGAAUCGGCGUCCCGGUCAGCACUGCUCAGCAGCCAGUUUACAAUGCCUGGGUUUCGAGUCGUGCAUUUCCCAUUCCAGCAUCCCAGGCAGCCGAGUGGCAGGCCUACCAGCGCAGGACUUGGUAUCCAGAGCAGCCUGGCCCAGAGCCGUUCAUGAACCAACCCACCAUGGCUACGUUGACUCACGAUCCAGUCUGGGAUCAUCAAGGUGCCCGGUCUUCUCGUGAAGAUGUGCUUAUGCCGGAUUAUUCCAACAGUUCCCUUGGCAGCCGUGCAAUCUCAAGCACGACCGGAAUUAGCUCAGCUAUGUCUGGAGUCAGCUACGAACACAGCCAGGCAGGCAGUGUGAGUGCACCCAUGAAUGAGGAGCAAUACAACCUUUUGAUUCAAUCCCUGACUCCCACCAAACCAUCCUCAAUUGGUCUUCACGCCCUUUCAAACACUCCAGCUAUUGCAAUCAUGCCGGCCCCCAAGACUUCCGCAGCAGCACAAGCACGUUCUGCAAGCUAUAGCCGAAGCGCGCGCUCAUCAGCACUUCGAGAGGUUUCCCAGACCAGCGGUCGCUCUUCAGUACUUCGAGAUGUUUCCCAGACCAGUGGUCGCAAAUUUUCUGGAUCGAGCAUUGAUCUCAGCAAGCUCUCUGAAACGACAGCCUCUUUGGCAAAAAUCAGAGUGAGUCCCAAUGGCAAUAUCAAAGGCAAGAAGGAGGGUAAUAAUUUGAAGGAUACACCCAAGAAGAUCACCAAGGAUAAAAAUUUUGAAGAGAUCCUUGAGGAGUUUACUGCAACACCCACGGCAAAGGAGAAUACGAGUAUUUCCCCAGGCAUGGCUGUGGCGGAAGAGGUCUGUUACUUUCAAGAAGCAUGA